ACCGAAGACGAAGCGGAUGAUGGUUGAGUGCUUGUUGUCGCCACAAAUUCAGUGCAAACGGGGUUGCGGAUAAUACAGAUGGAUAAACACAUUUUAUGCUAACAGAACAGAAAUCGCGAAAGAGGGAAAAGGACCCAAGAAAAACUUGGACCUUGGUGGUGGUAAAUUUGGAGUUGUUCCAUGGCUUCAUUCCACGGCUUGGAGAAAUGCUUUAUUACUAGUAGAAUUAGCAGUGCUUGGCAUGGUUCGGUUGAAGCCACCGGCCAAACAAAGCAACUUGUUGUGCUGCCAGUGCCCAUGAUCAUCUCCAGAAGGUCCGCAAUUUUGAUAUCUCUGCUGCCUCCUCUCAACCUUAUUCUGCCCAUCCAUCCAUUGCUAGCCAGAGAGAGGCGCACCAAAAAGACCAUUCCUCUCGAAGAUUACCUCACCAGCUAUGACGGACUAAAAUACUAUGAUAUCGUUGAAGGAAGGGGUCCUGUUGCUGAAAAAGGAUCAAUAGUGCAGGUUCAUUUUGACUGCCUGUACCGCGGUAUUACAGCAGUGUCGAGUCGAGAAUCUAAGCUUUUGGCUGGAAAUCGCAUCAUUGCUCAGCCUUACGAGUUCCAGGUUGGGGCUCUCCCAGGAAAAGAACGGAAGCGUGAGUUUGUAGACAAUCCGAAUGGUUUAUUUUCUGCACAGGCUGCACCAAAGCCUCCGAAGGCCAUGUACACAAUAACUGAAGGAAUGAAAGUUGGGGGAAAGAGGACUGUGGUUGUUCCUCCAGAAGCUGGAUAUGGCCCAAAGGGAAUGAAUGAGAUACCGCCAGGGGCAACGUUUGAUCUGAAUAUUGAGCUCCUAGAAGUAAAACCACCGGAAGGACAAUGACGCUGAAAAUAUGAUGCUAGAUGCAGAGUUGGUUACAUUUGAAUAGAGGACCAGCAGCUGCCGGGCUUAUGAGAUGGAAGUCUGGUGAUCGAGUUAUAUUAGUCUGUUUCUCCUUAGGAGUACUUUGUAUUCAGGUUAAUGGAGAAGAAAUUUCUUUUGUUCUAAAUAUAUAUCUGCAUAUGUCUUUUUCCCCUGGUAACGAGUUUAACACUUGGAGCUUCUCAUCUGGGAACUGCGGUUUAACUGCUUAUGAUUAGUAAUUGUAAUAUUCCUACUAGGUGGUGCAAAAUCGCAUCCGUUCCUGCUGUGGUGCGGUGCGAUGGAUUCUGUAAUUAGGUUUAGCACUCUAAUAUUUCCAGUUUUACCACCA